AUGAGGAUUGAAAGCAGACAAGACAAGAGAUUCUUUUUUAUGUUUGUUCUUGUAAUUUGUGUUUCUGGUUUGCCUAAGAUUAAGGUUAGCCGUGGAGUAGAAGAAGAGAGAACAUGGGUUUAUUGUGACCGUUCAUAUAGUUUAAAGUAUCGACAUGGGUUUAUUGAUUCAAUCACGUAA